AGCCCGGCGGGGCGGCGCGGAGCCGGCCCCGCGGAGCGCCGCACGCUGUGUCCCAUGACCACCUCACACACUAUGUUUUAUGGGUCCUCCUCCACCAUGGCUCCACCAUCCAAGAGCAAGCUGAAGCGUCAGAGCCGGAUUUUCUCCCAGGUCCUGUACCGGACGCUGAGCUACAAGGACCGGAGCUCAGCAUCCUCCUUCCCCACGGCCGGCAGCGACGAUCCGGCCGAGCUCUCCACCCAGCUUUCUGCCCCGGGCGUCCUGAAGAUCUUCGGAGGCAACAUCUGCGCGGGCACCAACUACAAGAGCGUGCUGGCGACGGGGAGCUCGGGCGCGCGGGAGCUGGUGAAGGAGGCCUUGGAGCGCUACGGGCUGAGCCAGGUGAACGCGGGCCACUACGUGCUGUGCGACGUCAUCGGGCGGUUUGAGGGCUCCGAAAAGCAGUGGCGAACCGAAGGGCUGAGGGUCCUCGGUGACACCGAGAAGCCGCUCCUCAUCCAGGACCUCUGGAAGCCCAGGGAGGGCUUUUCCCGGCGGCUGGAGCUGCGCAGGAGGGCGGAGGUGGAGGAGCUGGCGUCCAGGGACGUGGACACCACGACCGCAGGCAUCAACGCCCAAGCGCGGAAGCUGCAGCGCAACCGGGCCAAGGGGGCCAUGCGGCUGCCGGCGGGCGCUAAGCGGCCCGGCCCCCCGCCAGCCCUGCGGCGCAGCCUCAGCGAGACCAGCCUGGGCCGCCCGGCACCGCGCCGCGACGACCCGCUCCUUCGCCACUACUCCACGCUGCCCGAGACGCUGCGCGGCGCCGGUGCCGGCCCGCGGGACGGCAGCGUCCGCUUCUCCCUCUACCAGUGCCCCCACCUCCUGCUCCUGCAGGGCUACAGCCAGCAGCAUGACAGCCUGGUGUACCUGCUGAACCGCGAGCAGCACACGGUGGGGCAGCGGACGGCGGCCAGCAGCCCCAGCAUCGCCCUGUGCGCCCCCGACAUCCUGCCGCUGCACUGCACCGUGCGGCGGCUCCCGGCAGCCCGCCGGCACCCGGACCACCGCCUGCUCCUGGAGCCCGGCGCCGGUGCCGCCGUGGCCCUCAACUUCCGCGAGGCGCCGGGCCCCGUGCCGCUGCGCCACGGCGACCUGCUCGCCCUCGGCCGCUACUACCUGCUGCUCUACAAGGACCCCGGCGAGGCGCAGCUGCUGCCCGCCCCGGCGCUGGCCCGGCUGCAAGCGCUGCAAGGUGCCGCCGCUCCCGCUCCCGCGCUCUGCGCCGGCUGCGGCGGCCGCCUCGGCCCCCGGCGCCCCCCCGACGCCCCCCCGGCACCGCGCCGCCGGCCGCUGCUGGAGUUCGAGCGCGGCGCCGAGGACGCGCUGCUGAGCCGCAUCCUGAGCCUCGUCGAGCCGGCGGGCGACGACCACAAGCUGACGCCCGCCUUCCUGCUGUGCCUCUGCGUGCAGCACUCGGCCACCGCCUUCGCGCCGGGAGACUUCGGGCAGCUGCUGCUCAAGGCGGCCAAGAUGAUCCAGCGGACGGUGCGGGAGAAGACGAAAGAGCUGGCGGAGAAGCAGUCCCAGCACCAGGAUCCCGCGUCCCUGUCCCACUUUGCCGUCACGGACCUGCUGCCAGACCUGCAGCACAUCCUCUUCUGGAUGUCCAACGCCAUCGAGAUCCUCUACUUCGUGCAGCAGAAGUCGCCCACCUACAUCCAGAGCAUGGAGGAGGAGCUGGACGUCAAGGGGUCCAAGGAGUCUCUGUUCUCCUCGACCAUCACAGCCAGCGAGGAGGCGAUGACGGUGCUGGAGGAGGUCAUCAUGUACACGUUUCAGCAGUGCGUCUACUACAUCUCCAAGUGUCUGUACGUGUCGCUCCCCGCGCUGCUGGAGUGCAACCCCUUCCAGAACGAGGGCCGCGAGACGUGGCGGACGGCCCCCGCGCUGCCCGACGAGCUGCGCAGGGUGGUGCUCAUCUACCAGGCCACGCUGGACCUGCUGCGCCAGUACGAGGUGCACCCGGAGAUCACCUCGCAGAUGUUCGCCUACCUCUUCUUCUUCUCCAACACCCUGCUCUUCAACCAGCUCCUGGACAAGGGCUCCUCUCUCGGCUGCUUCCACUGGUCCAAGGGCGUGCGGCUGCGGGCCUGCGUGCGGCUGCUGCUGGAGUGGCUGCGCGGUGCCGGCUUCGAGCAGCUGGCCCGGCAGUUCUUCGCCAAGCUGGCCGGCGCGGCCGACCUGCUGGCCAUGCCGGGCUCCCAGCUGCUGCAGAUGUCGUGGCCGUGCCUGCGAGCCGAGUUCCCCGCGCUGAGCCCCGCGCAGCUCCGGCGCCUGCUGAGCCAGUGCCAGGCGGCGAUGGACGUGGGUCGCGUGGCGGCGUGGCAGCCCGCCGGGGAGGAGAGCGCGGCCGCCCUCCGGCACGAUGAGGUGCUGGAGUCCUUCGAUAACCACCCGCCCAUCAUCCUGCCCAGCAGCGGCUUCAGGGUGGACCUGGAGGUGGAGACGCUGGACGACAACAUCUACCGGCACCUCCUCUACAUCCGCCACUUCCUCUGGAGCCUGCAGAGCAAGAGCCCCCACGGCAGCGACGGGCCGGGCCCGGCCCCCGCCAAGAAAGAAGCACCCACCGCGUUCGAUGUCCCGGAGGUGCGCGAGAGCCCCGUCCCGGCCCCGGGAAGCACCCCGGCCCCUGUGGCCUGCUGCUCCCCGGGCGGCUGCGCAGAGCUGGAGGCGGACGGGGCCCCUCGCCACGAGCGCCCCGGCAGCGAGCUGCAGCUCCAGGAGAAGCUCCAGCAGCUGCAGCUGGGGCGAAGCGCGGCCUCGAAGGCCGGCACGCUGCCCGCGGACCCCUCCUGCCUGCUGACACCCCCCACCACCCCGCUGAACUUCGACUCCGGCAGCCUGGAGUCCCCCCCGGGCGCCAGCCUCCAGGACCCACGCAGGAAUGGGCUGAACGGCACCAAAGCUGGCACUCCUGAAGGAUGCUCCCCGACGCCCUACGACUACCCCACGCCGGCAUCCUCCAGCCGCAGCUCUGCCACCGAUGACUUCUGCUACGUCUUUGUGGUGGAGCUGGAGAGGAGCCCCAUGGGGCUGGGGAUGGGACUGAUCGACGGCUUGCACACUCCUCUGAGCUCGCCGGGCAUCUACAUCCGCACCCUCGUCCAGGACAGCCCCGCGGCCGCCGACGGCAGGCUCUCCAUCGGGGACCGCAUCCUGGCCGUCAACGGCACCAGUCUCAUCGGGGCAGACUACCAGAGUGCGGUGGACCUCAUCCGCUCCGGAGGGAAGAAGUUGCGGUUCCUGGUUGCCAAGUCAGACAUGGAAAUAGCCAAAAAAAUCAGUUCCAGCUCCUCUUCUUCCUCUUAGUUCUCGUGGCAUGAGGGUUGUUCUGCAGCAGUUUCGGGGUGCAGCUCUGGUUAAGGCUGACCUCUUGGAGCCUGGAGCACCAGAGGGAGAACCUGGACUCCACUACUGCCCUCGACUUGCUUUUCAGCAUCCUGCCCUGUGCUGCAGCAUAUGGAAGGAGAUGCAAGGGUGGCACAAGCUUCUCCCACUGCACUGGCUGGGAGCACCACUCCCUAAUCCAUUGUCCGGCCUCACCUUAUACCCUGUGUCUUCCUUCUCAGGAGUUUUCCCACUCUUGCAUUCCUCUUGGCAGAGGGCAGGAAGGGGAUGCCAUCCCAUGGAGGCUGUGAGCAGGCUCCUCCAUUCCUCUAGGCUGACAGCCCUGCAUGAUCUUUCUCAUUCUGGCACAGGUUUUGGGGAGAGACUUCCAGCUCUCCCAUUACUCCUUAAUGCUGGCAGAUGAAAGGCUUGAAACACCCUUGCGAUUUAAAGAUUUGCAUGCGGGCCAGGCCUGGGCUUCACUGCGACAACGGCCACCUGAGGCUCCGGCAAGUCAGGCUGGGAAAGGGGCGGUCAGAGCAGGUGCCCAGCUCUGCGGGCGGCAAACACAGCACAAGCAUCCAGGAGUGGUGGCCGUGCAGUGCAGUACCAUGGCGCAGCACAGGAUCCCAAGCAGGAUGCCUUUGCAAGGAGUUAAGGCCCCUGGUGCUGUCCCCUAAGUCAGGAGUCCUAGUGUAGUGCCUUACUGCUGCUGGGCCACCAUCAUGCUGCCCCAGCCCUGCUUCAGGAUGGAAAACAGCUACAGCAGCGGGCUGACACCACCAGCAAGUCCCUGCAAGUCCUGGGGGAAGAGCCUCCAUGAAAAGAGCUCUCCCUUCCUUAUGCAGCAGGUUUACUGCCCAGCUCUGGCACCACACUCCUGGCAGCAGACCCCCAACUCCCCUUCCCAGGGCCAGCCCAGCAGGGCACUGCAUGAUGCUUCUGCGCCUGCUCCAGCCCUUGUAUCCUGGGACCGGAGGGUCUGUGCCUGCUGCCACCAGUGACCUGACUGAACACGGCAGCGUGCGGUGCCAAACUGGAGGUGUGGCUGAUGCUAGCCCACACAGGCCAAUGACAUCUUGGCACCAUGUCCUGGUCCUCUCCCUCCAGCUCUCCCCGGCCAUCGCAAGGCCAUCCUGUUUCCUGCCUAGCUCAGAGCAUCUCAGGAGUGCUUGCUGCUGACAUGCCGACAGGCGAUGACAGACAGCAAAGGCUCCCUUUCGAAGGUCACUCUUAGAAGUCCCACAAACAGCUCCGCUAUCUGCUGCCAACAGAAAUGGUGUCAGCAGAGCUGAGGUGGCAGCUCCACCGUGCGGCUGGCUGGUCCCCUGCACACAGAGCCUCCUGCAGACUAUGCCUGAUGAGCCCUGUCUGUGCUUUUAGCAACAUUAACGGGAUAAACCUGACCUGAUUUCCACAUAUAGACAGAUAUUGAGACCCAGUUUAGCUGAACCCUAUUAAAAUGGACUGCCACAAAGCCCUACGUUACAUCCUGCACUUAACAAGCCAGCAUGGUCCAGGCUCUGGCAGCAGAUUAGAUGUUAACAUGUCAUUUCACAACAGCAAUUCUCCAAGAACUGUGAUGCUAAAAAGGAGGCACUUAACA